GUGGUGGGCCUGGGAGCAUCAGGCAGAGCAGCAGCGCGCCUUGCCCUAGCGAGGGGUGCUGCUGCUGUGAUCGGCCUGGACAGGAGGACAGACGCGAAGCCACUGGAGGACGAUCCAAGCGUAUGGGAUGGGCUUCCAGAACCCGCCUCCUCUCCUCCCCUCAUCUCCCGCCUCUCCACCCAUCUGGGUCCGCACCCCCUCCCCCUCCUCCUCUCUGCCUCCCUCGUCGUCCUGUCUCCUGGAGUACCACUUUCAGAGCCUACAAUAAGCCAGGCGCUGUCUCAGGGUGUGCCGAUGCUGUCUGAGCUGGCAUUCGCCUAUGACAGCCUGCCACCUGGACUGCCCAUUGCUGCCGUCACAGGGACCAACGGCAAGUCCACUGUCGCCACUUUUGCAGGCCAGAUUCUCGAGUCCAUUGGAAUCCACACGUUUGUGGGCGGCAAUCUGGGCACGCCCCUCUCACUGGCCGCCCUCGAAUUUGUCACGGCGUCACAGUAUGGUCACACUGGCACCUCCAAGCCCUUCCAGGCAGCAGUGGUGGAGGUGAGCAGCUAUCAGAUGGAGUUGCCUGGAAGGUUCCGUCCCAAGGCUGCGGUUAUUCUGAACCUCACGCCGGACCACCUGGAGAGGCACGGCAGCAUGGAGAGCUACGGGGCGGCAAAGUGCCGUCUGUUUGCGCGCAUGGGGGAGUCUGACGUGGCAAUCAUUCCGUCAGGUGAUUCUCUUCUCAUGCAACUAGCAGGGGAGGCAGGGGGACACCCCAGCAUGGCGUGGCUGGGCCAGCUCCCCGGGUGCACUGUGAACCAUGCUGAGAGAACCGCUCUGCUGCAGCUGCCACUCUCCACAACAAGUGACGGUGGUGCUGACAGCAGCAGGGAGUGCAAGGAGAGCAGCAGGGGGCACGGCAGCAGCACGGGAGUCCAAGCCCCUGUGCUGGCUCUGGAUCUGUCCGCGUUACAGGCUGUGGGCAGGCACAACGCGGAGAAUGCGGCUGUAGCGGCGCUGCUGUGCCUGGCGCUGGGGAUGGAGAGCAGUGGAGUGCGGUUGGACGGGGUGCAGAUUGCAGUGAAGGUGUUGCAGCCACCACCACACCGCAUGGAGCUGGUGGUUGUGGACGGUCAGGAUCGUGCGUGGAUCAACGACAGCAAGGCCACCAACGUGGAGGCAUCGACGGCUGGGAUCGAAGGGCUGGGAGAUGAAUCCACGGCUGUUAUUCUGCUGGGAGGAAUAGCUAAGGUCUUGAAGUCCCUCGCAGAAGCAGACACAGGAGGAGCUUCUGACGCCUCCCCUCUGGGCUUCUCCAAGCUCGUCCCCGUGCUCAACCGCCAUCGAGCCGUGAUCACUUUUGGCCAAUCAGGCCCGUCUAUUGCAAGUGAGCUCACAGCCUCGGGUCUCUCAGUCGCUCUCAUUCCGUGCACCACAAUGGAGCAAGCCAUGCAUGCUGCUGCCGAGACAGGCCUCCCGGCUCAGCCGCUGCACCGUGAUGCAGCAAGUAAUGCGUCUACUGCUGCGGAGACUGCUCUCCCUGGUGAGUGUUGUGGUGAUGUUGGAGUCGACUUGCGUACAGACAGAGGUGUCUGUGUCUCACACUCGCUCUCAUUCAGUGCACCACAUUGCAGCAAGCCAUGUGUGCUGCUGCGGUGCGGACACAGCUCUUCCUGGUGA